ACUGUAGAGAUGGCAAAACUGAUACACCUUCCAAGUGUAGAGAGGUGUGUGGAUUAUCAGUGUUAAUUGCCCCCCCCCCUUUUAAUUUUGUAAUAGAACUUUGACCCUACCUUUAGAAUUAAUGGAUCAGUCCAAGAUUGCCACAUCAGCAGAGAUACUCUGGACAGGAUGUUGGUCUGGUCAUUCUUAUACCAGUGAUGACCAGUAACAGACAUUAAAGGAGUUUCUUCUAGAUAUAUAUCGUGACAGUGGUUUUUCAUUAUUCUUUACAGUGGUCAUCAACCCGAUUUUAAUGUGCUCCGUUUAGAUUGCCAGUUUGGUAAUUUGGCGGGUGCAACAUUUGGAGGCACGAGAGGGAGGAGCGUAUUCUUCAACGCACCUGACCUGGCGUAGAAGGAUGGCAACGCUCGUCCAGAGAUACGAACCUGAUCAUCAGUGACUUGCUGACGACUUCCAUGACAAGAUGAGCAGACAGUAGCGGGAAGGUCAACGUGAGUCAACUGGACGUGCCAUAGUCAGGGUGUACCAUCGGCCAGUGGGAGGAUCGCCGUACAACGGGAUUGCUGCCACACCGAACACGAAGGGCAGUCGCAGACACAGAAAGGACCAGCAAGCUAUAAUAAUCAUUCAGCAUGGAAGACCUCAUCAAGACUUUGGAGAGAGUAAUCCUUGGACUCAGCAGCCUGUCCAUCGACCAACUCAUCCAAGUAUGCACACAUCUAGAUCUUGAGGCAGAGGACGUGGAGAAAACACCAAAGGGCCGUCUUCGGAUACAACGGCGACUACUGGCUCACAUUAACAGUGAGGAAGUGGAAGACAGUGACGACGGGGGAGUGGAGCUACUCCAGACAUUAGACAGCUUCAUGAAAGACCUCAAGCAAGAGUCCGAAGAUGAACCAGUCUCCAUUGACCCAGCUGAGAAGAAAGACGACCCAAGCAGCCCACCUAAGCCUGAGAGUACAGAGCCCUCAACGACACAGCCGUCUGCAACACCGACCGAUGUGGCCCACUUGCUUAGACGGGAGUUCAGAAUAUCCGGUCAGAUAGGAGAGCCAGGCCAAAAGGAUCGUCUUUCCUUUACCAGUCUUGCCAACCAAAUCGAGGCUGGAUUGGAGAAAAGCUACCCAGACAGAGAUAUCGUUCAAGGAGUGAUCCGAGCUAUAGCACCAGGAUCAUCACUCCGAAGCUACCUGGAAGGACGAAGUAAGAUCUCUCUGCCCAGCCUUCGCCGAAUUAUAAGAGCACACUACCAGGAGAGAGAUGCGACAGAUCUCUAUAAACAACUCUCCCAGCUGACCCAAGGAGCCAAGGAGUCGGCCCAGGCUUUCCUGUUAAAGGCAUUUGACAUUCGUCAAAAGGUCCUUUUUGCUAGCCAGGAAAGUGAUUCCAGACUCCGCUAUGACCCACACCUAGUGCAGGAGAUGUUUCGCCAUACGAUAUUGACUGGCUUGAGGAGCGAUGCCAUCAAGACAGAACUCCGGCCCUACCUGGAUGAACCAAAGACGUCGGACGAAUUGCUCUUCAAAAAGAUAAAUGUGUUCUCCAGCCUAGAAGAAGAAAGAAGGCAGAAACUCACCCAAAACAAAGCAACCACAGUGAACGAGAUCUGUGAAGUAAAGGACAAACAGACCAUGCCAGCGAAACCAGGGCUACUGAUGACAGAGAUCGCAGAGCUGAAAGCAGGGAUUGCAGAGCUGAGUUCAUUGAAGGGCCAAGUAGCAGCACACCAAGAAUCUUUCCAGAGGACACCACAACAGCAACCAGCCCAAUUUGAUACAUCCUCAUCCCGAGUUCGUCGAGGAUGCCACAAGUGUCAAGAAGCGGGAACCGGUUCUGACUGUGACCACUGCUUCAAGUGUGGGUCAUCAGAACACUUUGCUCGUGGAUGUCGGAGAAGCAGAGACCGUACACACCAGGGAAACGGUUCAGGGUUACGUCCGCGGGACAGGAAGUAG